CCGCUAUGAAAUAAGCCACAAGGAAUAUGGACACUGCACACCAUUGAACACCUGAUAACUCUUUAUAUAUGUACGCUGGCUGCGACGUCAAUUAUGGACUAUUCGUCUACAGCCUACUCAUCUACAGAACCUGGCUUUUUCCGUUUAAUCGAGCUAUCUCCAGGUCAAUGGAAUGAUGAAAUCCACUGCACACUCAACCGGUAUAAUCGACUUCGCGAUGGAUAUCCUCCAUAUAAGGCCCUUUCGUAUGUUUGGGGGCGUGGGAGACGAAACCGCCCAGAGAUAUUGGUCAAUGGUUAUAAAGUCAAAGUGACGGCCAAUCUUGAAACUGCUCUAAAACAUUUGAGAGAACAGGAAAAGAAAGCCACUCUUUGGAUCGAUGCAUUGUGCAUUGACCAAAGCAACAUCGAGGAGCGAUCAUUACAGGUUGCCCAGAUGCGCGAGAUCUAUAGCAUGGCUAGCGAGGUGAUAAUAUUUCUCGGUAACGGUUUGGAUUACAGCCAGCAACAUUCCAAAUCAUGUGGAGAUUUUCGUCCGCUCAAGAGAUUUGAUGUUGGCACCGUGGAUGCUUCUUCCGCCGCAGUCGACAUUUGGAAGACAUCACCGCCGAAGACACCGGUUCAGGCUUAUGAGAUAUUUUCUUUUCUGACUACAGUGGCCCAGUGCCCAAGCCAUUCAGCUCUAUUCAAAUUUCUGGCAGAUUUUCCGCAAACUCAUUUAACACAGCUUUCUGAGGCAUUGCGACGCACAUUACUUGUAUCUUGGUGGGAUCGGAUAUGGGUCGUUCAAGAAGCAGUCGUCUCUGAAAGGCUCACCGUGAGAUACGGCAACGUGGAGAUCUCAUGGGAAUUACUAGUCAAAGUUGCAACUGCGCUACAAUCUUGGGAAUCUUCAUACGCAAACCAUCCUAACUCUAUUCCGAUCAGCGACUUGAAAGUUUUCAAUCUUUUCUCGCGUGUCUCCAACUUAGAUCGCUUUCGCCACAAUUGGAGGAAGUCUCAAGGAGCCGAUCUCCUAUCGCUCAUGCGGUAUUUUGGACACCGCAAGGCUUCUGAUGACCGAGACAGAGUCUAUGCUCUUCUAGGACUGUGCAACCAAACAACUGCUAUUCGGCCUGAUUACCGGCUAGAUGUGAAGGAAGUCUUCAUGCGCCAAUAAUUGAGACAAUAAGAAAUACCAAGUCCCUUUCCGUUCUGUACGGGGAUCAUAGUCGCAAAACGAGACGAGAUAUACCAUCUUGGGUUCCAGA